AUGCGAGCAUUCGCAUUCGUCGCCACGUUGAGUGUUACUGGGCUGCACGUGGUUCGCGCCAUGGUACAACCACAGCUGCUUGAGUACAACGUCGAAUCGGCAUUUGUGAAAUUCAGUAUCCCAUGCCCACCUGCUACCGUUUGCAACGGUAAUGACGAGUCCUUGGUGUUCGAUAUCCAGCUCAAGGGUCCCAUUGGCACGACCAAUGGUGCUGUGCUACUCAAUGGCAAUACUCUGGCCUUGGCUCGGAACGAAGAUAACCUUCUGGACUUGGGCGUUGAGGGCUAUUUGUCUGCAAAUGACACUUCUGGAAGCAGUCACAGCAUCUACUACUUCGCGUCCCAUAAUCUUCCCAGUGAUGGCGCUCUCGGCUCAGAUGUUACCAUUACUCUACACGCCGUCGACGCUCGGUACAUGCCCCUAACCCGCUUAACUGUACAUAGCCUGUCGAAGAGCCAACCACGUUUGCAGCGGAUACUAUUGCAGGGCGGCGGCGGCGAGGACUUCGAAGGGUUCAGCCUUGUUACCGACUUGUCUCAGCGUAAGUCGUUCGUGGUACCAUACCUCAACCAGACGGUGGAAGAUGCCAUGCGUGAGGCCGUUGUCGACGACUUCAAUCUUGAACAUGAGCUCGACUCCCUCCGCCUCCUCUCCGCCCAGGCCGAGAGCUUACGAGAUCAGAUCGUGGCUCAAAAGCUCAAGAUUGCUCAGUACCUCAAGAAGAACCGCGGCCAUGUUUCACUUCGUGAUCAGCUCAAAGACUGCGAUAGUCUUGUCUGUGCGGCCCGUGUGGUCGCGCAGCGUAUGUGCGAUAAGAUAAGUGCAAUCACGGCGUCGCCAUCCGGUUACGCGAGGAUGCAUGAUGCUCGCCUCCAGAAUACUGUCGCCUUCCAGGGCGACCAAGUCAAACCCCAGCAAACCUCCCGAAACUGCACGAAGAGCAAGGCAUUCCUCAACGGCCCGAAGAUGCCCGAAAAGCACACAUACGGCCACGCCCAAAGGUUUAAUCUGUCGAUGACAAUGACUAAGAACGCAAGCUCGACGGAGUAUCAACUGGUGGACCUUGUCGAAGCUUCAAACCCACUCAUCCGUGCGCUUCAGAUCGUUGCAGCUAUCCUUGGCCUCACAGCACUCUACGGCUUCAUUCGCAAAUCUUGUAUGUCAAUGCGAACACGGGUAGAGCGUGCCGCAGACCGGGAAGAGCGACGCAACGCCCGAGCGUACCGAAAGGCGGCUCGCCGUGCUGAGAUGCGACGGAGAUGGGACGAUUUCGUCAGCGCCAUUAGCUGUUUCCGAGCCCAGUCUGAGCCGCAGAUGCAGGACUACGAUGAGAAACGGGCCCUCAUCCUGCAAGAUGCCUUUCUGGAGCAGCUUGCUGAUCUCGAGCAAGCCGAGAAGGGCGAGAUCAUGGAGGCAGAGAUUCGGGAGCUGAGACACGCGCACGACAUCGUCGCUAGUCUUGUCCGAGCGGACGAAAGGUUGGCGCCUAUGGUCAACGACCCGCCACCGCCGCUCGUACCGCUGCCCUUCACGCCGGAAACUCGAAGUCGAGCGAGCACUAACACCUUACCUUCUUACACUUCCGAAAGCUUGCCGGACUACUCUUCCCAGCCGGACACGUUGGUCGGCAGCAGCACUGGAGGUAGCAUUGUAGAUGGCUUUGCAGGGUACACUCCAACGAGAACCGUCGAUCAUGAUUCGGAUGCCAGUGAAGCCGCCAGACGGUACACGCCUACGAGCAGUGUGCGCGAGACAUCAAUCAGGGCAAGCGAAGACACGAUGAGGACGUUGCAGAGCCGAAGCGAUUAA